CCAUACAGCAGAGUGGCGAUCGGAGAAAGCGCUGCUAGAAAAGAGGAGGAGAAGUGAACAAGCGGUGCCGUGACGACGUCAAAUUAACCCUUCCUGCUACACGAGGUUUAAUGGCUCCUUUUAAUGAUUGGUUUUAUACAAAAUAAGGGAAAUUCACAAAGUAUUUUAACAUACAUACAACAAGUGCAAAUCUAAUCUCAGGAAUAUCCGAGUUUUACGUAUUUUAGAAAUUAACAACACUUAACAACACACCUUUAAAAUAUGCAAAAAUGGUACCUCCUCGCUGUGUGUAUCUGUACUUCCUGUCUUCAUAACUGUCAGUCUGAGCUGCUGAGGCGCCACAAAUCAGAUGAUGGAGUGUCUGUGGCGACGCCUCCACAUCCUGCUGCAGGUCUCCUUCUGGGUCUGUUUCGUCACAGGUUCAAAUGUAGAAUGGAGACGGAUUGGGGAAAAGAUAGAAAUAACUUGCUCCACUGAUAAACCAAAUCAACAUGCAGUGUUUCUUUACAAGAGCUACCACCAACGCCAGUCGCUGUUCUAUCUCCUUAAAGAGGGGGUUCCGAGUCGCACGGUAGCCUACAAGGACAAGGUUGAAGUUACAGGCUUCAACAAGCUGAGGGCCACAAUUAGCAACCUAACCGUAGAUGACACUGGAGUUUUCUGGUGCCAGUACCUGAGACAUGUUAAAGAAAUAAGCCAUGCAACUGAAAACAAAGAGGGUGGAACAUUGUUGGUGGUCAAUGGCCCGGAGAAGGUGUGCCCCACACAUGGGCCAUACGCAACCACCAGCACAGAGGAGUCCAGUCAGACGGCCACCUUGUGGAUCGUGGGUGCUGUCACUUUCUGCUCACUGGUUCUGCUGGUGCUCAUUAUCCUGCUCAUCUUGGUGAAGAGGUGCAAUGGAAAGAACAGGUGUCAUCCCCAGUCUGCCGUUGGACCCCCAGCACAUUGCCCUGAUUCUGUUUAUGAGCAGAUGAGGCCCCAGAGGGCCACCUCUAUGUCUCACUCCUCUGCCCAGGUACUCAACAACUCUGCCUACUUGCUUCACCCAAAUAACCCACAUCCUACCACCCCCCUUCAGUAAGAAUCAACACUGGCACGCCAGCUUCAUAUUUUCAUUUGACAAGUGCACUGAAAUUCAUUAGCCUGUGUGUACAAACUUGCUUGCUUGAAAAAUUAAACCGGUUUGAAUUUAUUUAAUUUAUGUUUUGAAUGAUGUUUAAAUCCAAUGUGUGAAGCAUUUUGACGUAUCAUUCACUCGUGUAACACAAACAUUUUGGUCAUUGAGAUCGAAUGCAGCAUCAGAUUGUGAAAUGUUCGUUUAAGACCGUAGUGAUCCAUGGAGCAAAGGGUCAUGUAGUUAUUAACCUUUCAUAGGAAUGAAUAUACUCAGCCAAUUCUCCUUUGGCUGUCUUUCCAGAAACUGCUUUCUUUUUAUACAGGGUAGAUCAAACAAAACUAACAUACAGUACUUCAUCUGUGUGUACCUGUAACAUAUAUGAGGUAGUUGUAAGAGGUUUGCCACUUUAUAAUACAAAAGUGAUUUUAAUAUGCACAAAAUGUAAUAUGAUCAGAUGUAUAUAACUGUUAUGCACCAAAUUAUAUUUGUGCGAAUUGAAUAUCCACCUUUGUGGUUUUUUAAUUGUCAUAUGAUUGUAUAGAAUAAUUUCAAUAUGCCUGUCA